CCGGAUGUUGUCUUGUCAACUUGCUGGAUGUGUCAUGGCGGCGUGUGGGACGCUUCUGAGCCGCGGUGUGCUGACGCUCGGUCUUCAUUAUCAGCGUGUUUGCAGGAGUGUCCUGGUCACACAGAGCAGAGAGAAGAAGAGAUGGAUGAAGGCCUACACGCUGCUCAUGGAGAGGAAGAGGAAACUCGAAGGACCUCCACCUCCGACGCCACGCUCCCAGCAGCCUAACUGGGACCAUCACGCUGAGGUGGAGGCGUUCAGCGCCCGGCUAAAGGAGCGCUUCUCCACCGAGCUCCUGAAGACCGCGUUCGUGAACCCGUGCUACAUCCGCUCCGAGGAGACGAGACGCCACGCGUUGGGUCUGGACGCCGAGAGCACGGCGCUAAACCUCAAAGACAACACAGAGCUGCAGGGACAUGGGCUGGACUUCACUCUGGGUUUCCUCACGGAGUGGUGCAGGGACAACUUCUCCAGCUUGCCAGAAGAGGGCGUGGCAUCUAUAGUGCACCACCUGACCGGGCCGGAGAUUGUGUGCCACGUGGCUCGGAACCUGGCGGUGGAGGAACUGGCGAUGACGGCCGAGUUUCCCGUUCCAGACGACGUCCUCCGGGGGACGUUCUUCGCCGUGAUCGGUGCGCUGGAGCGCAGCAGCGGGUCGGAGAGGGCCGGGCUUUUCAUCAGGGACUUCCUCGUGACGCAGCUGAUAGGAAAGGACCUGUUUGACAUGUGGAAAGUGGUGAACCCUAUGGGGAUAUUGGUGGAGGAGCUGAGCCGCAGAGGAGCGUCACUCCCAGAGCCACGCCUCAUCCGGUCCUCAGGGGCCAGCACCGUUCUCCCGCUUUACUUUGUCGGCCUUUACUGUGAUAAGAUGCUGCUGGCUCAUGGGCCUGGCGAGACACUAUCAGCGGCACAGGAGGAGGCGGCACGCGUGGCUCUGAGGAAACUCUUCGGCUUCGCGGAAAACCGAAAACCCUUCGACUUCUCCACAAAUCCAGAGCAGCCUGAAACACGAGCAGCCGAGCAGAGGGUGGGCAGGGGAUGAAGAAAACGACCACACGCUGUCAAUGGUCUUUUUUUUUUUUUUUUAGCACGUGGGUGACAUCUGUGGCAUUGGUCUCUUCACUCAGACGCCUUUAUUUGUCUGAAGUAAAUUUGGACAGUCGGGCAACAAACACGGCACUUGAGUGUGAAUUUCUUUCUUUCCUUUUUUUUUAAAUAAAUGUCAUUAUAUGAA